GAGUGGAGCCUCCACUUACCACCCUCGUGUCUUUCCAUCUAAUAUUCUCCAUCUACCCUGCAACAGGCCCCUCAGAUAUAAAGUUCAGACCUUUUUAGAGAGAGACAGAGAGACAGAGAGAUGAAAGAAGUGGCGGUUCCAAAACCAUUCUUGGUGCCUGUUUUAGGAAAGGAGCAAAAGUGUGUCGGGAAUAUUUUUAGUUCUAGUUUGAGUGCAAGAGAGAAGAAACUGAUAUGUGUGACUAGUGGGAACUCUUACUUAGGUUCUUGCAUUGUGAAGGAGCUAUUGGCUCGUAGUUACCUUGUUCGAGUCACCAUUCAACAUGAAGCGGAAUUUGAAGAUGUGAAAGAUCUGAUGGGGGUGGAAGAGUUAAAUCUAUUGGAAAGUGUGGUGGUAGCAAAGAUAGAAGAUUCAGAAAGUCUCUGUGAUGCUUUUAGAGGCUGCCAUGCUGUUUUUCAUACGUCCUCCUUCAUUGAUCCACAUGGGAUCUCUGGUUAUUCGGAACAAAUGGCAUUUCUUGAGACUGAAGGGGCAAGGAAUGUCAUGAAAGCUUGUGCUAAGGCAGCCUAUAUAAAGAGGUGUAUCUUCACAUCUUCUCUUCUAGCAUCUAUUUGGAGAAACGACAAUAUAGAUAGGACCAUUGAUGAGAGCUGUUGGAGCAGUGAGGAAUUUUGCAGAGAAAAUAAGCUCUGGCUUGCUUUGGGUAACACCAAGGCUGAGAAAGUUGCUUGGAUGAAGGCAGGAGAACUAAAAGUAAAACUUGUUACUUUAUGCCCUGGUCUUCUCAUGGCUCCCACAUUUCCAACUGCUCACAAAGAAACUUCUAUACCAUACCUUAAAGGAGGCCAGAUCAUGCUACAACAAGGCUACUUAGCAAUUUCAGAUGUGAAGAAAGUGGCUGAAGCACAUGUCCAUGUUUAUGAAGCCAUGGAUUAUGGGGCUUCUGGACGAUAUUUUUGCUUUGAAAGAGUAGUAAGAAGAUUAAAUGAGGCCAUAGAGCUGGAAAAUGGGCUGAAGAUGCAGGGUUUGUUGUCAGGAGAAAGACAUGGACUCUUAUCGGAAGAUGAAGGUGAAGAAAUUCCAAGCAAAAUUAGCAAUUCAAAGCUCGCCACCCUCUUAUUUCAGGCCUCUCAACGGUUGUCUUGUAAAAGUUGAAACCUCAUUGUUGCAACAUUUUGUUGGAAUUUCUCUUUUACCACUAAUUCAAUUGGAGAGAGAGAGAGAGAGAGAGAGAGAGAACUUAAAGAGCCCGUGACCACUCUCCCAGCUCUCAUUCAAGAGAACUUGGACGAGUCACUAGAAUGCUUUGAGGCAAAAGCUAUGAUCAUCAAUGCAAUAUUCAAGAAUAUUUAUUAAAUAAACAGUGAAGAACGUCGUGUCAUGACAUUGUAAGCAUGCUGCCAAGCAUCGCUGUAAUCGAUCUGAAUUAUCUGUUCCUGGUA